UGGGGCGUUAUACGGUCCUCUAUUCAUUGAUCAAGGAGAUUCCCAUCUCCUUUCUCUAAUAUCUCUGGUUUAGCUAGCUAACUUUGUAAAGAGUGUGUGACAUCGUCAACGAUUGGUUUCCAUUCCAUUUGAAUAAAACUAGCUAGUUAAUUUGUUACGGAAAAAACAGGACUCGUUUAAAGAAGUCUGUUCGUUUGGGAAUAUGCCGAAGAAUAAAGGUAAGGGAGGAAAGAAUCGGCGACGUGGUAAGAACGAGAAUGAAUCAGAAAAGAGAGAGCUGGUAUUUAAAGAGGAUGGCCAAGAAUAUGCACAGGUGAUUAAGAUGUUGGGUAAUGGACGACUGGAAGCUAUGUGUUUUGAUGGAGUCAAGCGACUAUGCCACAUCCGAGGAAAGCUACGUAAAAAGGUUUGGAUCAAUACUUCAGACAUCAUCCUUGUGGGACUUCGAGAUUACCAGGACCAAAAAGCCGAUGUUAUCCUGAAGUACAAUGCAGACGAGGCCAGGAGUUUGAAGGCCUAUGGGGAGCUUCCUGAACAUGCUAAAAUCAAUGAGACUGACACAUUUGGACCUGGUGACGAUGAGGAUAUUCAGUUUGAUGACAUUGGAGAUGACGACGAGGACAUUGAUGAUAUCUGAAUCAGAACUAUUGUGUGCCAAGUCGUUUAUGCAGAGGAAAGUGGACAGUUCUAUACUGGCAGAGGCAGUGCAACCUUGCCAACAACUCCCUCAAGUCAGUUGAGGCAGCUCAUUUCCCUUCUCUUGAGACUGCUUUAAGCCUGGAAUCUGUCACUGAGAACAUCAGCACACCUACUUUAGUUCACACACUUCAUAUUUUUGUUAGUUGUAAUGUAUUUUUAUUCCAUCAUGUGGAAUAUACCCUCAAACUACAGAACAACAGAGUUUACAAUAAAAACUUGAAUCAUUUUAUGUUUGGUCUGGAGAUUUGUCAAAAACAAAGGAUCCCUCCCCCUUUUUUUAUUUUAUUUUUUACCAAUGUUUGUUUUCUUGAUUUUGAUUAUCAAUAAAAUAAGUAUCUUAUUUGUGA